UCCUCCAAAACCCUAGCCGUCGUUGUGCCUACCCAAUAAUAAUGUCUCUGAUCUGCCGCCUCAAUCUUGGUCGGCGUUUCUCCACCGCCCUGCCAAGAAGAGCGGAGGACAUAAUGUCAAACCCAGAUUGCCGUCCUACGCAGCUAUGCUUGAGAGUCACGUACUUGAUCAGAUUCGUUGGAGAUCUCGACACGGCGGCGAAGUACGCUCGUUUGGCUGUUUUCACCAGAUUCAAAUCGGAGACCACAAUAAAGACAUGUCAAUCCAUCAUCGGAGGCAUGUUGCGGGAUAAAAGGCCCGAGGAUGCUUACGAUCUCUUCGAUUUCUUCUUCAAUGAGCAUAAGCUAAUACGCAACAGCCAUUGCUGGAACUACAUGCUCGAAUCUGGUUUACAACAAGGCGUUAUUGACGAUGCUCUCGAAUUGUACCACCGGCCCAUCAAAUUUGGUAAAAUCCACGACUACCCAAAUACCGAUACUUUCAGGGUCAUGACUAAAGGGUUAGUCCACUCCGGUCGAUUGGACGAAGCCGAAGCCUUGCUUAGAGACAGGAAAGUCGAUAGGAUCAUCUACCCAGAUCACGUGGCGUACAAGAAUCUGAUUCGCGGGUUUUUGGAUCUUGGGAAUUUAGACAAGGCGAAUCUAGUCUUGGACGAAUUCAAACGCUUGUUUUUGAUUGCUCUUUCCGAGACCAAAGAUGAUUUGCACCAUUCAAACUAUGAAAACAGAGUCGCAUUCGUGAUGGCCGCAUUCAUGGAGUACUGGUUUAAGCAAGGUAAAGAGGUGAAAGCUAUGGAGUGUUACAACCGUUCUGUUCUAUCAAACAGGUUACUGGUUUGUGCCGAAACGGGUAACGCCCUUUUGGUAGUCCUGCUCAAAUACGGUGAGAAAAAACAUGCUUGGGCAUUGUACCAUGAACUCUUAGAUGAACGUAGAACAGACUCUGAUACCAUUAAGAUAAUGGUGGACGAGUGUUUUGAUAUGGGUCGACUUGGCGAGGCUAUGGAGACCUACAAGAAGGCGAGAGCCAAGAACAGUGACAGAUACAAUAUUACAAAGUGUUGUGAAGAAGAAGACGGAGCAGUCUCUUUCUAUUUUACUGUAUUCAAUGACGGAUACAUUAUCACAAGGUGUUGCGAAAACGGGAUGUUGUCAGAAGCAGAGUCUGUCUUUGUUGAUUCACUUGCUGAUGAUAUUGGAUACAUUGAUGUUAACACUUUUAAAACAAUGAUCGAUGCUUAUGUGAAGGCUGGAAGAAUCGAUGAUGCUAUAAAAACCUCCAACAAGAUGAUCGAUGCAACUCUAAAGGAGGUCUCCCAUCUCUUUUGACCAUUCCUUGUCACUUGGUGAUCUUUAUUUAAUGUAUUUUUUUUUUUAGAUACUUGUUUUAGACAGAUAAUAAUAGAGUUUGAAUGGAUGU